GUACAGACAGCUGGAUCCUGUCAAGUGUCAAUUGUAAACACGAAAUCGCAGAAGUGAGAAUUUAUAUGUUUCGCUAAAAAUAAGAAACGCGACAUGUUUUCGCUACAAAAUCAAUUAGAACUGCGAAAAGUAACUAUAUCUAGUUUGAUAACAUGCAUUUAUUUACCGAGUAUCAUCACAUUUAUAUCGUAUAGAGGAAUACUUUACUCAGUCGGCAAUGGAUCAUCGUGUUUCAUUUUGGCUCUAAUAUUUGUGGCCGAGUUAUUGAAAUCAUUCUACUUGAACUCCAGCAAUGAUAUUCACGGGAAGAAGAACAAGGCUAGCAAGAACAGCGCGGGAGAUAUCGUGAGAGGUUUUGUGUUCCUCCUGUGUGUAAAGUUCACGUUUUUCGUUGGGAUUAUACUGUUUGGCGCUCCCGUGCUUGAAUGUCACGAAGAGACGUUGAUGUUAUCAUCUUUACUGACAUUACUGACUGUGUUCCCGCUGCUACUGCAUACUGGGGUGGAGUCUUCAAUGCAAUUGUUGUUUGGAGUUAGAAAUUAUGGAAAAGACACGAUUAUUGAGAUGCUGGUUAGCAAUGCUUUGAUGACAGUCUGUGGAGCGUGGGUGGGAGCUGUGGUCAUCCCUCUAGACUGGAACACUCCUUGGCAGAAGUGGCCAAUACCAUGCUACCUGGGAGCUGUCGGAGGAUUCCUACUGUCCAAUGUACUAACAGUAUUAAAAGUCACUCUAAUGAGUGCGUCUAACAAAUAUCCUAUAUUAAAUAUACUAGUCCAGAUCCUCAAUGGGUUUCAAAUUUCUAAAUAAUUAUUAAACUGUAUUAUAUUUUGUUUUUAUUAAAUUAUUAAGUG